CUUCCCUUCAUCCGCCCAAAUGCUCGUCUCUCUACGGGCUUUUGCAGCUCUCGUUGCCUUGAUCUCACAUGUCGCAGCCAUCCCAAAGGUCACUCGCACUGGUCGAUACCUUUACCAGGAGGAUGGCACUCGCUUCUACAUCAAGGGUAUUGGAUACCAGGUGCAAGGCGAGGUCCACGACCACGAAGACAACGACUUUGACGAGCCUGCUACCUUUGAGGACCCCCUAGCCGACCCAGACGCAUGUCGCCGCGACGUUCCUCACCUCACAGGUGCCGGAAUCAAUACCCUCCGCGUGUACAGCGUAGACUCUUCCCUCAACCAUGACGAAUGUAUGAAUCUAUUCAGCGAGGCGGGUAUCUAUACCAUCAUCGACUUGUCCACACCUCUUAACGGCUCCAUCGACCGUAUCGCCCCCGAUUGGUCGACCAACCUCCUCGAUGCGUACACCCGAACAAUCGAUGCUUUCGAAAAAUACGACAACGUUAUCGCCUACAACGUCGGUAACGAAGUUGUUACAGGGACCACUCCACAGGCCGCUCCCUACAUCAAAGCCGCUGCCCGUGAUACCAAAGCCUAUCUGAAAUCUAUCAAUUCAGAUAGACUUGUUGGAUAUGCAGCCAUUAACGGUGCCCCCGACUUCCGUCACGCCCUUGCAACCUUCUUGACAUGUGGCUCUGAAGAAACCUCCAUCGACUUGUACGGCCUCAACGAAUACUCCUGGUGCGGCGACUCCUCCAUCCAAGCCUCAGGCUACGGCACCCUCGUCACCGAAUUCGCCGACUACAACGUCGCAGCCUACUUCAGCGAAUACGGCUGCAACGCCGUCACCCCGCGCAUCUGGAGCGAAGUCGACGCCCUCUUCAGCUCCCCCAUGUCCGACGUCUGGUCUGGCGGCAUCGCUUUCAGCUACUUCCCAGCUAGAAGCGCUGCCGGGGAGUUUGGAAUGGUCACCAUCUCUGGAUCCACCGUUACUGAGAGCACCGAGUUUGAGAACCUCAAGGAGAGGUAUAAUGCCGUUACCGGUCCUAACGAACCUUCAAGAGACUCUGCCUCCGCGUCAACGUACCCUACUUGUGCUGCUACCUACCCCGGUGCUUCUACCGACCUCCCUGCUACCCCCAACGAGGCCGCCUGCACUUGUUUGCAGAACGCCCUCAGUUGUCGCUUCACCCCCACUGUGGCGGACUAUAGCGAUAUCAACGGCGAACUCCUCAACGUUGGCUGCAGUCUUCUCGGAGAAGCCGGUGGGUCCUGCGACGAGAUCGGUGGCAACGGUACCACGGGAACAUAUGGCCGUCUUGCAGGCUGUGAUCCCCUCGUCAAACUCUCAUACGUCAUGAGCCAGUACUACGAAUCUCAGGACAGGAAUCCCCAGGCAUGCAGUUUCAGCGGUAACGGAACCGUCAAUGAUGCAGCCUCCCCCACCGAGUCCGCAGAAGCCCUCGCUAGCUCUUGCAUCUCCAACCCUGAUGCCACGUUCGUUCCCCCAAGGCCGAGCGGCACCGGUGGUUCAUCGUCUGGUGGUGGAAGCGGCAACAACAAUAAUAACGACAAUGAUGAUGAUGCAGGUAGUGCCAACUCGCUUGACAUCUCUGCUCUUGUUGGAGUAGCUUCGAUGGCUGUUGUUGGCAUUGCCAGUGCCGCGUGGUCCUUGCUGUAAGUUUUGAGAUACCACUGAACACUGUUGUUGGAUAGCGUUGGACGUCAUUAGACAUUUCAAACCUUUAUCUGAGUACCGAUAUAGUCGCUCCUUUCCCGUUUUAGGUACUUCACAUACGGACUUGCUUGUUAAUCUAUGCAUCUACGCGGACAAUGAUCAUUUACAUUCGGAUUCAGCUUC